AUGACCAACGACAAGGCUGCACCCGCUUUCAUGGACCUCCCGCUCGAGGUGCGACACUCCAUUUUCGAGCAUGUGGCCGUGCGCGACGUCAAGCCUAAGAAGCUGCUCCGCUACUGGUUCGAGAAGAAAGAGGUCAAGGAACUCAUUGCCCAAGACGCCAUUGACAACCCCAACGGUCCCACCCCGCGCGUCGUAUACGCCAACGACUACGAUGAUUACGAUGAAGAGAGUGCUGUCAGCGAGUACAACAGUGAGGAGGAUGAUCAAGAAGAGAACGAAAAUGCCGCGGAGGACAGCGAAAACGAGGACGAGGACGAAGACGAAGAUGGAAAUGAGGACGAAGGAGCAGAGCAGGAAGAUGGCAAUGAUGAGGAUGAAGCUGAAGAUGAGUCUGAAUCCGAAUUGGACGGUGAAGACGAGGACGAUGAGGUAGAGGAAGCUGUUGCCGGCGCGCACGAUACCCAGUCGGCAACUGCUAGCGUCCACGUUCCAGCCCCAGCUACGGCUCAAGUUGACCCUGACCACCACUCCGAAGAUGGGAUGGCAGAGGAAGAACCUGGACAAGGACAUGCCGGUGAGGGCGACGGCGAGGAUGAGGGCGACGACGGCGAAGAGACCGAGGGUGCCCAGCUACACAAUGAAGAAGAGGCCGAAGGCGAUAGCGAGGGCGACGAAGAUUUGGUCGAUGACAGUGGUAACGCUGCCGCCACAGUCGUUACAGCUCAGCCUCCUCCUCCACCCCCAGCACCCGUAUUCCGACCCCACAACAAGUGGCGCCACAUACCGAACUUCAUGCGCAUCACUCACUGUCCUCCGCCGGUCCAGCUCCUGUUGGCCUCCCGCCAGCUGAACAACGAGGCAAAGAACUGGUUCUACGAUGUAGCCGUUCUACGUAUCGACGCCACUGGUAGCUUCGCCCACACGUCUUUCUUCGAGGAGGCAAGUCAUUUCCCUGCUUUCAGCCAGAUCACCGACGCUGCCUUUUCUCCUAUGGAGAACAUUCGAAAGGUUGAUAUAACUUUCGUUUGGGAUUCAGCCUGGAUCCGCGCCGACACUACCGAUUCCAUCGAGGCCAUCUUCCCUGCCCUUCUUCGCCAGCGCUCCAAUUUCGUAUUCGAGAUCUUGUUGAAAGCGCCAGACUUGCGAGAGGUCGUCAUCCAUUGGCACGACUCCAUUCAAGACAAUGAGAGCGCUAACCUCAUGCUCGACAAUCUUGCACCCUUCCAUACGUUGGGCCCCACCGUCAACAUCAUCGAGCACUACAUCGCGGCGGACGCCAAGCCCAAAAAGCGUAGUACCGCUGGCAAGCGUCGCGUCGAGUUCCAAAACAUACUUGACAUGGGUCUUGAUCGGCUCUUCUAA